AUGGCAGAGACUUGGGAUCCAGAAGAGCUGUCCGCGAUCCUCGACUCGACUCAGCCAAGUCUGAGCCAAGCCGAACACGAUCCUACAUUUCCAUCACGGUCUCAAGAAUACGAGGACAUGAUUCGAGCCAUCACCCCCAGCUCCCCCGAAGGACGCAUUAUACGCACGCUCCAAGGCUUUCUAGAGGACAAGUUGGACACAAAGACCGCUGCCGACAUUCUUGCCUCUACCAUGUCUCGUCAAUGCUCAUCUGAAAGCCGCGACGCUUGCAGUCUCUGGGGCCAGAUCUGUCGCCGCGGAGAAACUUGGCCCGAGCAGAAGCUCGUCCGUCUGGGAGACUUGGUAGUAGAAAUGGCGAAGCUGUCAUAUGCUCUACCAGCCUAUCCGUACGAUAGCGAUGAACCAGUGCAAGGUUCCAGCAGCUUUAAGGAGCUACCUGGAUUUGGCCAAGAGCUCGCUGGCCACCUACAAGGUCCAAAAUGUUACGGCCUGCGUUUCAUGCCACCACUUGAUGAACACGCAGAUACCGCUGCUCGAGCACCAAAGUCAAUGACGGAUAUAAAGGUCGAUGCGUCUGUCCCCAUUGCCGUGAGAUCUCUACAUCGGAAUAUCAGUACUUUCGCCGCAAUCCUCAGCCGUCACUAUAUACAGGGAAGUCUGAAACCGAAGUGUGUUGACAGCCGUGGAUUAGCAUGCUAUACAAUAGUAGCCGCUCUCGAGCACGAACUCAGCGAGAAUGAAGCAAAACAAGGCGCAGACGGAUUGACGACAAUGCCCGAUCAAGACUGGACCGCUUUCAGAACUCCACAGCCAAGUCUGGAGAUGCCAGCUGCCACACAGUGGCUUUCCAUACUCGGGCGUGGUCUGUUUGAUGGCAUAUCUAGUGCAAUGCAUCCUCCGGGUCCAAUCUGGAGCAGACUUGGCGGUAGCGACGAGAUUACAAUGGAGCGAUGA